ACCCGCUCCAAAAAAAAAUGCCAAAGGAAAAGACGCAGAACAGCACAGUAGCAGCAGACUUAAUAGACAUUGAAGGAGGAAUAUUCUGUUCGAUAUCUGCACAUCGCUGAUAUUUAUGGAUGACUUUUCACUUCCGUAGUACCUUUCAGAGACGUGCGUAAAAAAAAAAAAAAAAAAAUGGUUGAUAUGGUUUCCGGCGCCUUGGAGACGAUGAUGCUUUUCUUAAUGACUUGGAGUUACGGAGUCUCUUUCUCCAACUUCUCCACGGACAACGAGGUGCGCUCCAGCUUCAUCCAGCGCCGACUGAGGAGCCAGGAGCGCAGGGACAUGCAGCGGGAGAUCCUCUCCAUCCUGGGGCUGCCUCAGCGCCCGCGACCCUCCCACGUCCACAGCCGACACAACGCCGCCGCCCCGAUGUUCAUGCUGGACUUGUACAACACGGCGGCCGCCGACGCUCCGCACAGCAGAUACUCCAGGUUCAACCCUCACCUGGCCUCCGUGGUCACCCUGCAGGACAGCCGCUUCCUGGACGACGCGGAUAUGGUGAUGAGCUUCGUCAACCUGGUGGACCAGGAUAAAGAACUUCUGUACCAGAAGCACCACAGGGAAUUCAGAUUUGACCUUUCCCGUAUUCCAGAGGGAGAGGCUGUCACGGCGGCAGAGUUCAGGAUUUUUAAGGAUUUUAUCCAGGAGCGCUACGAGAAUGAGACAUUCCGAGUCAGCAUCUACCAGGCCUUGCAGGAGGCAGCAAACAGUGAAGGGGAUCUGCUGCUGGUGGACCAAAGAGAAGUGUGGACUGCAGAGGAGGGCUGGCUUAUCUUUGACCUCACUGCCACCAGUAAUCUUUGGCUGGCCAACCCUGAGCACAACUUUGGCCUGCAUCUGGUCCUGGAAGACAGCCAUGGCCACAGGAGGAACCCCCGACUGGCGGGACUGUCAACAGGCAGCGGGGCGCGAGACAAGCAGCCCUUCCUGGUUUCCUUCUUCAAAUCCAACGAGGUUCGCUUUCGCAACACCCGCUCCGCUCACGGCCACAAGGGGCGCCAUUCGAGCCGCUCAAAACCACAGAGGACCGUCCAGGAUGCACUCAAGGCAGUCGAGGCCGCCACAGAAACUCUGGGCAUUUCUAGGGAUGGAUGCAAAAAACGCGAGCUGUAUGUCAGUUUCAGAGAUUUAGGAUGGCAGGACUGGAUCAUCGCACCAGAGGGCUAUGCAGCAUACUACUGCGAGGGAGAGUGCGCCUUCCCUCUCAACUCCUACAUGAAUGCCACGAAUCACGCUAUUGUGCAAACUCUGGUGCACUUUAUCAACCCGGGAACAGUGCCUAAGCCCUGCUGUGCUCCCACACAGCUCCACGGGAUCUCCGUGCUCUACUUUGACGACAGUUCCAACGUCAUCCUCAAGAAGUACCGCAACAUGGUGGUCAGAUCCUGUGGCUGCCACUGACAGCUGCUCGUCCGUUGUACGAGGUCAUUUCUAACGCAAGGUUUUUUCAAGAAGAAGAAAGUGGAGGACCUAGAGACAAGAAAUGAUUUACUACCUGUCGCAGUUUCGGCUUUUAUAUAUGAGACUGUAUUUAUGACCUGGAGCUGAGCAAUUAGAACCACUGUUUACUCAAAAUGCUUUGUUUAUUCUGUCUAUUUUUGCCUUCUUCAGAGCAACUUGGAAAUAUGCACUAAGGCAGUGUUUUUCAACCACUGUGAGAUAUUGUCUGGUGUGCCGUGGGAGAUUAUCUAAUUUCACCUAUUCGGGUUAAAAAUACUUUUUGCAAACCAGUAAUUAUAGUCUGCAAAUGAUGUGUUGUUGUUGAGUGUCUGUGCUGUCUAGAGCUCGGCAGAGUAACCGUGUAAUACUCCUCCAAAUCAGUAGGUGGCAGCCAGUAGCUAUUUGCUUUGGAGAUGUCGGAAACUGCGGGAGGCAGCGUGCAGGUAAAAAGGUAUCUAAUGCUUAAACCAAAAAUAAACAAAAGGUGAGUGUCCCUUAGAAAAGGUAUUGAAGUGUAGGAAAGGCUAUGCAGAACGAAACUAAAACUGAACUGGCUACCAAGUAAACAAAAACGGAAUGCUGGACGACAGCAAAGACUUACUGUGGAGCAAAGACGGCGUCCACAAUGUACAUCCGAACAUGACAUGACAAUCAAAUAUGUCCCCACAAAGAAGAAUAAAAACUGAAAUAUUCCUGAUUGCUAAAACAAAGUAGAUGCGAGAAAUAUCGCUCAAAGGAAGACAUGAAACUGCUAAAGGAAAAUACCAAAAAAAGACAAAAAGCCACCAAAAUAGGAGCGCAAGACAAGAACUAAAACACUACACACAGGAAAACAGCAAAACAAACUCCAAAUAAGUCAGGGUGUGAUGUGACAGGUGGUGACAGUACACCUACUUUGAGACAAGAGCUAUAGUGAUGCAUGGUUGGUUAUGGUUUAAAGUCAUAUUCAACAAUUGCGGCAACGACUUUUUACUGUCAACUGAGUUUCGUUGUUUAAUGAUUUCUGCUGGUGGUGUACCUCUGGAUUUUUUCUAAGCAAAAAAAAUGUGCCUUGGCUCUUUAGAGGUUGAAAAACACUGCACUAAGGAAUACUUGAACUGGAUUAAAC